CGACUGGUCACCUAAGUUUCACUAGUUGUGUACAACCCCAAUCUAAACGUAGAGGCGUUUCUUUCUUUUGCAUUGUAUUUUUAGAUGGGCACUUUCUACUCGAACCCAGUACCACAGCUUGCAAUGCGAUAAGCCACCAAGUACAUUAAAAUCUCAAAUUAAAGGCAUUCUCCCUGCUAAGAAUAUAAUACAAAUUAUUAUUCACUAAAUAGAAAAAUGGACGUUAGUUUAUUGGUCUGCAUUGCAACGAUCUAUUUAAAACUGGAUUGUCAUUAGCUAAUACCGUCCUCUUUAGCUUUGGCCUAAUUAAAGGAAGAUUCUUAAAUACGCUGUAAUAAAAAAAAAUCAGCAGUGUGUCGACGUGCAAUUAGCAUUACUCGCUAUAUCUGGCGAAUGCAAUUAAUCACUUAAUCGAAGAGAAGCAGCCCCGCUUCCUUCCACCUUACUCCUUGUGGUAAUUUUAGUUUCACCUCGUGGGUAUGGUCUUCUUGGUUCAUAGACCACCUCUGCCAAUUUAGUCUACCUUUGCUGCAGGCCGACAAAGGCGUACGUGUUCAAAGAACCCAUCGAGUACUGCAACUAUUAGAUCUAUAUAGAAGAAAAUUAAAAGUUAUAAUACUCAAGGUGCAACAAGCAGAAAGGAUCGCGACAAAAAAUUUAAACAAUUUAAUUAUUGCGAGGAGGAAAGGAUCGAGGAUCCGGGGUGACUUUGAAACUGACUUCUACGUUAAAUUAGAAAAUACUGACUAUCUCACGGUGUAGAAUAAUUAGAGCCUCAUGACAUAACUGAGGCUUUACAUCAAGACCAAAUAGCUGUAAAUUAAGCUAGAGGUGUUAAAUCGAGGAAAAAAUCAGGACCAAAGAAAAUGGACACCGCCAAGCAACUAAUUCUCACUUUGAAGAAAAAUAAUAGAUCACACGUCGGUUAUGGACUGCAAAAGGAGAGCGAGGCUUUGAUGCGUCACAUAUUGCAAAAUAUGGCAAAGUCGGAAUUGCCUAUAUUGCAGGCUGAGGUGAAAAACGAAGAGGACUCGGUCAAAUAUCGAGAAGAAGGAAAUCAGCACUUCGUGUCCGGUGACGAUAUCGAAGCUAUGGAAAGCUACACGAAGAGUUUAGCGUAUGCCGACAGCGAAGAAUUAAAAGCGUAUGCUCAUGCCAACCGGUCAGCUGCACUUUAUCGGAAGCAAAUGUACAAGGAAUGUUUGAUAGACAUCGAUGCAGCCAUCUCGUACGGGUAUCCCCAGGACAAGAGGAAAAAGCUGAAGCAAAGAGGAGAAAAGGCAAUGGAGGAGAUAAAGAAGGCCCUGCAGACGAGGGCAAUAAAGGAUGUUCCGGUUUCCGGUCUCGACAUCAGUGACUCGGAUCUGUCGAAACUCAUCGACGGUGCCAAUGCGAACACGUGUCCUUUCGGCAGGACGAACGACUCCACGACGAGGAAGUUCCCCCUGAUCCGGGGCGUUGAUGCCGAGGACGAUAGGAAAGAGAAGGGGCCUCUAAACGGCUCGGUAAGCGCGCUUCCGGAAGAGUACAUGGCACCGGAGAGUUCGGGGAAGCCGAGGUACGUCCUGGCCGAAGGUCCUCCAAAAGUCGCAUUCGGUCCCAGCGAGGAGGCCCCAGCUUCCAGCAGCGGGGUCCGGAUCGUCUUCAACGAGCGGUACGGUCGUCACCUGGUGGCCACGAAACAGUUCAAGCCUGGCGAUGUCGUCACCGUUGAGGACCCUUAUGCAUACAUCGUCUACACGGAGAAGCAUUACACUCACUGUCAUCACUGUCUGUCAAGAAGUUACAACCUGAUAUCCUGUCCCCAAUGUCCCAUUGCGCAGUACUGCUCCGAGGAGUGUCGGAAAGCUGCCUGGAAGACGGUCCAUCGAACCGAGUGCCCGAUUACGGCGUUGCUCUCGAAUCUCCUGAACGUUGACAAGGACAAGAUGCGAAUGCUCACGAAGAUCUUGAGAUUCCUGGUGGUGGUUACCGAAAAUGGCACCGGCAUCGACGGGCUGCAGGCCGACACGAGGAAGGCUGAGUCUAAUCCAGGUGACGAUGGACGUUGUCGCAUCCCUGGGUCGGUUGCGCGUAAUGACGUCUUUUUAUCCUCAGACAACAGAACCGCCGGGUUCACCGAUGAAGGGAUUCUGGACAGCAAGAGUGCUCGCAGUGCUCUAAGUCUCGCUACCAAUAUGACGACUCGUCCUCUCAUCGGCAUCAGCGCGUUUGCCUGCAUCUCGGCCCUGGCUACCAUCCUGCUGGCCACGCAGACCGACUUCUUCGGCAAGGGAUACGAAGUGCACCAGUUGAGGGACAUCGGUCAGCUGGCAGAGAUCACUUUCUGCAGCACCCUGAUGCUCAGAGCCUGCGUCAUCAUGUCUUCCAAUUGCUUCUCGAUACAACCGGAGCCGGGCAUAAAGUCGGGGUCCGGUUUGUACGUUUGCCACAGUCUGUACAACCAUUCUUGCACGCCGAACACCUUUAGACACUUCGAGGGGCUCACCAUGAUCACUCGGGCACUUCACCUGGUGCGUCCCGGCGAUCAGAUAUUCACCUCGUACGGGGCUGGCUACGCCUUCAUGACCAGGCCAGAGAGGAAGCGGAAGAUCAUGGAAGAGUACUUCUUCGAUUGCACUUGUCCCGCUUGCGUUGACGACUGGCCGACGUACAAUGUGAUCCUGAAGGAGCACGUAGGAUCCGUCGUUGGGAGGAAAGAGUUGACGGACAGGUUGAAGCCGUUCAAGAAGAGGCUGCUGCAGAACAAGUACGACAUCGAGGCUGUCAGAAGCGUGUUGGAGAUCCUGGAAGGAGAAGUUUCGAUGCCCUGCGAAGAAAUAGUUCACGCGAUACAGUACCUGAAGAGCUACUACCUGGGUAAACUGAAAUGA